AUGCAGGCUAAUUUUGACCCUAGCUCUCAGGGCUCUUUUUCCCCCUUUCUCUGGAAGACCUCUAGCCUAGAUGGCGAUGAGGCUUAUGGCAAGAAGGUAGAGGCCCUAGGGGAUAACCCCCAGCUACAGCAGCUGCAGGCCGGCGAGCUAGGCUUCUAUAGCCUUAGAAGCUCUCCCUUUGUGGCCCUGAGAGGUAGCCAGGCUGAUAGCCCUAGGCUGCAUAUGGGGCUUGCAGCAGGCUCUUGGAAUUCAGCUAGGCUUAGCCGGGUCCUUAAGCGCUGGGGCAAGUUGGCUGGCAUUGAGUCUCUUACUAUUAGUAGCUGGCGGCAUAUAGCUAUUGCCCUAGGCCGCCGCUAUAUCCGGGAUGCAGCUAUUACUAGCCAGGGGCUAUAUAGCGAAGUCGACCACGGAGAUAGUGAAAGCAGCUCUGAUGAAGAGGGCCCUGGAGAAAGAGAUACUAUUCUCCAUAGGCAGACCGGCCAUAGCAGUAUGACUUCCAACCUAGUCUACGGCCGGCAGCUUACAGAAGCCCAUUUUGAGACCUAUCAGCGCAGGCAAAGCUUCCGGCUUCUUAGUGAAGAGUGGCACUUCUUGCUUGGUUUCCCCUCUGCCCCUGGCUUCUCAAGGGCAACUAUCCCCUCGGGCUCAAAGAGAGGCCUAGCUGCCGUUGACCUUGAGCAUUUCCAGGAGCUUCAAGUAGCCCGCUGGAAGCAGCUACGCAAGGUUAACCUUGACCUUGAGCUGCAGAGGCUGCUCGGCUCUAACGCCACCUUCCGGCAAGGCCAGAAGCCGAUUCUAGAGGCCAUCAUGACUGAAGAGCGUGAAUUCCUAGGCCUAGUUUACACCAAGGCCAAAGAUGCCACUAUCUUCCGGGCUCCCACAACCCGGCCUAAUAUCAGCUACAGGGUAGUUGAUUUCCCUCUGCUUCCCAAAGAGGGCUAUCUGCAGUCUGCUGAGAAUGCCCUGAGGCAGCUGCUUGAUAGCAAGCUUACCCUAUACCCUCGCCCAGCCAAAGCUAUAGUCUAUUGCAAGACUAUAGCUAUAACUGAAGCCCUAGCCCAGGCUCUAGGGUGUGAUGCCUACUAUAACGAGGUUGAUACUCGCGAUGGCAAGGCAGAACGCCUGCAGGCCUGGAUGGAAGGGUCUCGGGAGACCCUCUAUGGCAAUGGCAGGGUUAUAGUUGCAACUAAUGCUCUUGGCCUCGGUAUUGAUAUCCCCUAA